GGAGGGUCACGUGGUGCAGGGAGGCAAGAUGGCGGCGCAAAGCGGCGCGGCGACGGGCGGCUCCUCGCCCGGCACGGACCGCAUUGGCGAGGAGGCCUUCAAGGUCUUCCUCACUGAGGUGAAGCAAAUUGAAAAGAGGGACUCCGUUCUCACACCAAAACAACAAAUUGAAAGGCUUACAAGACCUGGAUCCACGUAUAUCAACCUAAACCCAUUUGAAGUAUUGCAGGUAGAUCCCGAAGCAACAGAUGAAGAGCUGAAAAAGAGGUUCAGACAGCUCUCAAUCCUGGUCCAUCCAGACAAAAAUCAAGAUGACCCAGAACGAGCACAGAAGGCUUUUGAAGCUGUGGACAAAGCUCAUAAGAUGCUAAUGGAGCCAGAUCAGAAGAAACGUGCCAUUGAUGUGAUACAGGCAGCGAGGGAAACGAUAGAACACAAUAUGAAAGAGAAAAGGAAGACAUUAAAGAAAGAAGGCAAGCAAGCUAUUGUGGAAGAAGAUGAUGCUGAAAUGUUCAAGCAAUCAGUGCACAAACAAACAAUGAAGUUGUUUGCUGAGCUGGAAAUUAAAAGGAAGGAACGUGAAGCCAAAGACAUGCAUGAGAGGAAACGACAAAGAGAAGAAGAAAUCGAACAGGAAGAGAAAGUCAAACGUGAUAAAGAGUGGCAGAAAAAUUUCGAGGAGAGCAGAGAUGGUCGCGUGGACAGCUGGAGGAACUUCCAGGCCAAUAAAAAGACCAAGAAAGAAAAGAAACGGAGUUUUCUCAAGCCCCCCAAAGUCAAAAUGGAACAGCGAUAAGGGUAGCCUGUCUUUUACAUAAAAUAGGAAAUCACAAACACAGCAACGUUUAUUCCAGAACAUGUUCUUCGCUUAGGAGUGGUGUUUGCAAUUUAGUGGCAGAAAUGUUUGUUUUCCUAUCCAUUCUACUGACUCAUAAAUGUUGUAGCUACAAGUACUUCUGACGUUGAUCCCUGGUAAUCUGCACAGCAGGGCACCACUGCCCCUUGUUUCUGAAACAACAUGAUAUAAAUGUACAGUAUAAAAGAGGUUGAUAAUGGCCGCCUAUCUUUUUCAAAACCUUUAAUUUUUAAGCCCUGUAAUUUAACGUUUUGUACCCUUUUUGUACUGUGAUGAACAAUUUGUCUAUCUUUAGUCAUCAAAAGUCAUUAAAAGUGUUUGGAAAUAACAA